CAGAAAGGUUACAAUUGAAAUCAGAAUUUCCAUUUUGGUAUAUGGCAGUAACAAUAAUGUCGAGUCGAUUGUUCAGCAGCGUCACGCGCGCCAUCUUCGCUCGUCGGCCUCCUGCGUUGGACCAUGUGUGCAUCGUAUGCAAAGAUGUGCGCAAGUCUGUCCAGUUCUAUGAGGCUCUCUUGGGCGCCGAGCACUUGUACAAGGACGACAAGGACUUUGGGUUCGACCCGGCGUUCCUUCGCGUCGGGUCAGCGCAGGUCGCGCUCCUGCCGCUGGAACCAACGCAAGCUCCCAUCCAGGACCACAAUGGCGCACACUUUGCCAUCACAUGCACAGACGAAGCGGACUUUCUCGCGAUCAAAGCAUCUCUCUCGGACGACCUCAAGCGCGCGGGCGGCCCGAUCGCCGCCGUCGACUUCUUCGACUACGGACGGCAAUGGUCGCUCUUUUUUCACGAUUUGGACCGCAACGUCGUCGAGGUCACGCACUGGCGCCCGUCAUAACGCCCCGAGACUGUAAUCCCGUUACCGUUAUAAAUAGGCAGCGCAUGACGUCAUAGAUAUAUAUUAAUAUACCUACUGUACAUAUACCCGACA